AGUCCUCUCAGCCCUCUGUUGUAGCACCGAAGGGAGGAGGAGCCACCGGCACUAACACACACGCACACUCACACAGACACACACACUCUGACAUCUCACAUCAUCUUUUCUGCACACUCACUGUAAGCACCAGCCAGCCAGCCAGGCCCGUUUGGAGCAGGGGAGCCCAGCCGUCUCGUUGCCCAAGAUGGAUGUACUGAUGAAGGGGUUCUCUAUGGCCAAGGAGGGAGUGGUGGCCGCCGCAGAGAAGACCAAAGCCGGCAUGGAGGAGGCGGCAGCCAAGACCAAGGAAGGGGUGAUGUAUGUAGGCAGUAAGACAAAGGAGGGAGUUGUGUCAUCGGUAAACACAGUGGCCAACAGGACCGUAGAUCAGGCCAACAUCGUGGGAGACACGGCGGCUGCCGGGGCCAACGAGGUUUCACAGGCAACUGUGGAGGGUGUCGAGAACAUUGCUGCGUCGACCGGGAUGAUCAACCAGGGAGAAUAUGGGGGAAUGGAGCAGGGUGGUGAAGGAGGAGAGGGGUAUUAGUUGCCUCCCCUCCCAUCCUCUCCAGCAGCCCCCACCCGCUCCCCUCGCCUCGCUGUACCAGAUUCCAGAUGUUCAACAUAUUUUUUUGUGACUUUACGGAACCAAAAUCAACUAUAACAGACUCUUCCGGAUGCUGCACUGCAGGCCCCUAUCACUCCCUAUCUGCCCCCUCGUUACCCCCCUUAGCAGCCCUCUGUCACCUGUUUUCUCCCCCUUGUCCUCCCCUCUGAUUUUUUGCAGCCUGUAACUUUUCCUCCACUGCCCGUCUUACCCUCACCUCACCUGUGUGUUAGUGUCGUCCUGAUAUGAUCCCUGAUGUCGUUAAUGCCCCCACGCCCAACAACCGAUAGGGAAACCUCAAACACGAACACACACGUACACACAAACAAAAAGAGACACACCUUCAUUAGGCACAUGCAUGAAACACACACUUACAGUACAUACCGUAAAUGCCAGCAAGGACGCACCCACCGGGCAAGUGAGUGAUAACUGGAG